GUCAGUUUCUCCGCGUCGCGUGCACUUUCGGGAGCGCGCCGCUCACUUUCGCCCGCACGCAGUCAUGCUGGACCCGUCUUCCAGCGAGGAGUCGGCCGAGGAGGGCCUCGAGGAGGGCCGGGGGGACGCCCCGCCGCCCGGCAACGCGCACAAGUCCGUGCCCGCGCUGGGGACACACCCCCGGGAUGGGAAGCGAGCAGGUGCGGCGCGCCCCCGAUCCGUCAGCCCGAGUCCGUCCGUGUCCAGCGAGAAGGACAAAAUCGAGCAGGAAAAGCUUCAGAAGGAAGAAGCGGACAGGAGGAUGAAGCUGCAGAUAUACGUGUUCGUGCUCAGGUGCAUCUCGUACCCCUUCAACGCCAAGCAGCCCACCGACAUGGCCCGCAGGCAGCAGAAGCUGCACAAGCAGCAACUCCAAGGCGUGAAGGAACGCUUCCAGGCCUUCCUCAACGGCGAGAUCCAGAUCGCAGCGGACGAGGCCUUCUGCAACGCUGUCCGCAGCUACUACGAGGGCUUCCUGAAGAGUGACCGCGUGUCCCGCAUGGUGCAGAGCGGCGGAUGCUCUGCGUAUGACUUCCGCGAGGUCUUCAAGAAGAACAUAGAGCGGCGCGUGCGCAGCCUUCCCGAGAUCGAUGGCCUCAGCAAGGAGACUGUGCUGAGCUCCUGGUUGGCCAAGUACGAUGCCAUCUUCCGGGGUGACGAGGACCUGCGGCGCCAGCCCCCCAGGGUGCCCCUCCAUGGCAUGUCGGAGCUGAUCCUGAGCAAGGAGCAACUGUACGAGAUGUUCCAGCAGAUCCUCGGCAUCAAAAAAUUUGAACACCAGCUGCUGUAUAACGCCUGCCAGCUGGACAACGUGGACGAGCAGGCGGCACAGAUUCGCAGGGAGCUGGACGGGCGGCUGCAGGUUGUGGAGCGCAUAGCGGCGGAGAAGAAGUUUCCCAAGUUUAUCUCCAAGGACAUGGAAGCGAUGUACAUUGAGGAGCUGAGAGCAUCCAUAAACUUACUGAUGGCCAACUUGGAGAGUCUUCCAGUCUCAAAGGGAGGCCCAGAGUACAAGUUGCAGAAGCUCAAGCGUUCUUCCAUCAACUCAUCGUUUCUGGACAUGGUGGAUGAGAACGACGUGCUCUCCAAGUCCGACGUGGUCCUGACCUUCAACCUCGAGAUCGUGAUUAUGGAGGUACAGGGACUCAAAUCCGUGGCCCCCAACAGGAUCGUGUACUGCACCAUGGAGGUGGAGGGAGGCGAGAAGCUGCAGACGGACCAGGCGGAGGCCUCCAGGCCACAGUGGGGUACGCAAGGAGACUUCACCACCACGCACCCCCUGCCGGUUGUUAAGGUGAAGCUGUUCACAGAGAGUACAGGCAUGCUCGCCCUGGAGGACAAGGAGCUGGGCAGGGUGGUUCUGAACCCCACCACCAACAGCCCCAAAGCAGUGGAGCUACACAAGAUGGUGGUGCCCAAGAACAGCCAGGAUGCUGAUCUGAAGAUCAAGCUGGCGGUGCGGAUGGACAAGCCCCCCAAUAUGAAGCACAGCGGGUAUCUGUAUGCUCUUGGACAAAGGGUGUGGAAGAGAUGGAAAAGGCGGUAUUUCGUACUUGUUCAGGUCAGUCAGUACACCUUCGCCAUGUGCAGCUACCGGGAGAAGAAAGCAGAGCCACAGGAGCUGAUGCAGCUGGAGGGCUAUACAGUUGACUACUCGGACCCCCAGCCAGGUCUCCAGGGCGGCCGGGCGUUCUUCACUGCUGUCAGGGAAGGUGACCUUGUUGUGUUUGCCAGUGAUGAUGAGCAAGACCGUGUCCUAUGGGUCCAGGCUAUGUACCGGGCUACGGGCCAGUCGUACAAACCAGUUCCACCCUCCCAGAACCAAAGGCAGAAUUGCAGAGAUGGAAACCUGCAGGCUGAUGCUCCCGUUUCACUGCUCAGUUUGGAGAGAUCGCAGAGGCAAGGUGUGGAAGAGCUGAUUUCGGCUGUCCCGUGCCGAUUUGAUCAUGCUGUGCUUUUCGGCACACUGCAAAGACACACACUGCAGCAUCGCAUGAAUGAUUCCUACUCCUGCCUGGGCUGGUUCAGUCCAGGUCAGGUGUUUGUGCUGGACGAAUACAGCGCCCGGUACGGUGUGCGGGGGUGCCAUCGUCACCUGAGCUACUUGAAGGACCUCAUGGAGUACGCUGAGAGGAGCGCCAUCAUCGACCCCACCCUGCUGCACUAUAGCUUUGCCUUCUGUGCUUCCCAUGUUCACGGAAACAGACCGGACGGGGUGGGCACUGUCACCGUAGAGGAGAAAGAGCAGUUUGAAGAGGUCAGAAAACAGCUUUUAAGUCUACUGGAAAACGAGAUUGUUAAUUUCAGGUACUGUUUCCCAUUUGGGCGACCAGAGGGGGCACUCAAAGCCACACUCUCCCUGCUAGAGAGGGUUCUGAUGAAGGACAUCUCUUCACCAGCCCCAGCCGAGGAACUCAAGGGCCUUGUUCAGAAAUGCCUGGAGAAAGCAGCGCAGGUCAAUUACACCCAGCUUAUUGACUACGCCCACAUUGAUGCGGAUGCUGAGGCACCACCAGAGAAGCGACUGGAUGACAUGAUUCGACUGGCUGGUCUGUGCACUGAGGUGCUGCAGCAGAAUGACGAGUACCACUCGGAGGCUUUCUCCUGGUGGCCGGAGGUGAUGGCAGAGCAUGCCGAGACCUUCUUGUCCUGGUACAGUGCAGACAUGGACCCCGUACUGCAGGUGCAGUCCCGCGACUCCUGGGACAGUUUUCCGCUUUUCCAGAUCCUCAACAACUUCCUGAGAACAGACCCUCAUCUCUGCAAUGGGGUGUUCCACAAGCACCUGCAGGAGCUCUUCAUGCCAUUGGUGGUGCGGUACAUUGACCUGAUGGAGUCCUCCAUUGCCCAGUCUGUCCACCGUGGUUUCGAGCAGGAGACCUGGCAGUCUGUCAAGACCAUAACUGACAGCCUUCCCAACGUGCCUCUGCCCAAAGUGCCCAGUUUGCCCCUCUCCCUCCCUCAGCUGCCCAGCUUCUCGCCGCCCUCAUGGAUGGGGCCUCUGUGUGACAACACCAAUGGCUCGACAACAUCAGAAGACCUGUUCUGGAAGUUGGAUGCUCUGCAGAUGUUUGUCAUGGACCUGCGCUGGCCGGAGCCUGAGUUUGCCAGACAGCUGGAGAAGAGACUCAGACAGAUGGCCAGUAGUAUGGUAGAAGCCUGCGUCAAGAGGACAAAAGCGGCUUUUGAUGCCAAGAUGCAGAAGGCCAGCAAGUCGACGGACUUCCGGGUGUGUCUCUCCGUCUGCACCAUGUUCAACGUGCUGAUGGACGCCAAGAAGCACUGCUCCAAGCUCUGCCUACUGGACAUGGGCCAAGAGCAACCGUACCAUUCCAGAACUGACGUCCUGAUUGAUGAGGCCUUGAAAGAGAUGAUUUCCUGCUUGGUGUCUAAGUUUGCUGCGGUUUUAGAAGUGCUGCUCUCCAAGCUCUCAAGAUAUGAUGAAGGGACAUUCCUCUCUUCCAUCCUGACCUUCACAGUGAAAGCAGCUUCCAAAUAUGUGGAUGUUCCCAAGCCCGGUAUGGAUCUGGCGGAUGCCUACAUUACCUUUGUGAGGCAGAACCAGGACAUCCUGAGAGAUCGGGUCAAUGAGGAGAUGUACGCAGAGAAGGUGUUUGAGCAAUGGUACACCAGCUCCGUGAAGGCCGUGUGCAUUUGGCUAACGGAUCGACUGGACCUGCAGCUCCACCCCUACCAGCUGAGGACCCUCAUCAAGAUUGUUAAGAAAACAUACCGCGACUUCAGGCUCCAGGGGGUCCUGGACGGAACCCUGAACAACAAGAGCUACGAGACCGUGUACAACAGGCUGACGCUGGAGGAGGCGACCCUCUGCGUUGGCGCCGGCGACAGUCUCCAGGGCAUCUCCAUGAGGGACAGCGACGAGGAGGAGGGCUAGCACCUAGCGCUUGUGCCAAGCUCCGCCACGACAAAGGCAGCUCUCACCAGGGGUUCACGCGGAGGGGACCGUACACUGCAGCGCGCCCCACGCUCCGCUAUGAAAUCAUUUGCGCUGUCUCGAGUGCUCAAGACUGCAACCGACUCCGCGCGCAGAGGUCAUCCUGCUUGUACAGUACAGCUCAGUGGACACAAGGGGGCACUACACCUGUCUGUUUACUGUACCUUGCAAUCACGGUCAUUCCUCAUUUACUGCACCAAAACAUCGCCUCUGUCAUGUUAUUACUGUAUCAGUCUUGAUAAAGAUUUCUCGCAAUGUUUGAAGGCACGGAAAUGGACAAGUCGAGGUUUGCAGAAGAAUAAACGUGCGGUUCUGUCAGGCCUGAGGUUACACUCCUUGGCCUGUCGUUGAGGUCAGAGGGGUUCCGAUGAAACCAGGACCUGCGGGCACCUUUGUGUACCCCGUGUGCCACAUCUCUUGGGUACCUCCUGUACGUGAAGACCAAAGUACUGCAGAUGUCACAUACGGUGUGUUAUGUGUUUUACGUGUGUUUGAACUUAACCGUUGCUAGCAAAAAAUCAUGAUGGCUUUGAAUUAUCUCGUCCUUGUCUGUAUUAGGCCGUGCAUCAUGCCUGAAAGUUUAAACACAGUGUAACUGUUAUGCCAGUUUACUUUGAGAAAUUAGUGUCAGUAAAGUCACAAGGAGAGUACGAGAAACAUUUGUAUAUUUAUAUU